CCUUAGUUACCAGGAAGCUCUCAACAACUAUCCAAACAUCAAGUCUCUUCUGUCUCCUUCCCCCUCAGGCCAUAGUUUCUCAACAGGACAGCCACAUCGAGCUCCAGCGGGCCUCUUUCCUCACCGCCGAGCGGGACCGGCCCGGCAGCCGGAACCGCGGCACCGACGUGCUCCUGGAGCAGGAGAAGCAGCGGAACCUGGAGAAGCACCGCGAGGAGCUCGCCAACUUCCAGCGGCUGCAGAGCCAGCAUCGGCAGGAGCAAGCGCGCUGGGAACGGGAGCGGGAGAGGCAGCGGCGGCAGGCGGAGGCAGACCAGCAGCGGCUGAAGGAGAAGGAGGACGAGUGUCGCCGGCUGGAGGUGCGUUUGGCCGAGGACAGGCAAGAACUGGAGAGGCAAAGACAGACGUACCAGCAAGACCUGGAGAGGCUGAGAGAGUCCACACGUGCGGUUGAGAAAGAGAGAGAACGGUUGGAGCAACAGAGGAAGCUGAAGAAGCACAACACGGUGCCGAAUACUGCGGCUCUUUACGCACAGGAAGUUGGACAGCUUUCCGUUUCCUCCAGCUUCAACGGGGAACUGCUGUACGGCGGAGCAGGGGACCAGGCGCUUCCUCAAAAGUCUCUCCUGCGGGCCACUCUCUCAGCAUCCCCCGCCGACUACCCCGAGCGUCCUGAAGUCCACUCGCGCCGAGAGAGCUCCUGCAACACCCUGCCGGCCAAGACUGAGGUUCCCAUCCAUCUCAUCAGCACCACCAACCAGCUGCACAAGCAGGGCAGCGUCCAGCAGCAGAUACCGACCAAACUCGCUGCCCUCAGCAAGGGCAAGGAGAAGAGCGGGAAGGGCAAGAGUUCGCACCGCACCGAGAGUUUGGCUUCUGUUGACAUGAAGCAGAUGCUGCCCGUCAAGCUGUCAGCGAGGGAUUCGGAUGGAGGGCACAAAGCACGCCGGCCCAUCAGCCCCCACCAACCACAACAUUCACACUCAGAUUCCCUCAUCCCUCCAGACGCUUACACAGACGCCCAGUCCAGCCUCGCGCCCGCCGCUCUCAAAACCCACAACCAGACCUCCCAGUACACUGUUAAUGAUGAAGCCGUCAAGGAGGACGUCAUCUUUUUCUGAGCUCAGCAUCCGAUGGGACGUAAAGACUUUGCGUUGACGUUUCGGCCGGUCUUGAUUCUUUACACAACGAACACAUUUUAAUCCCGUCUUAACUACUAACAAGUUUUAUUGCAGCCUGUAAAAACAACAGGAAAAGUGUUUUAAUUCGUGCGAAAAAAUAAAAGGAGCAUGUCCAGAAAACCCAAAGACUUUGACGGACAGCUUCAAGUGAAGUUAACUAACAUGGAGAAUUCUGUAGCAUGCGCUCCGAACGUGCGAUAUGAAGGAUAAAUGGAUGUUUUUGGUCGCGUAUUGUUGUGGUGAGCUAAUUUGCACAGCGUCAAUGUCCCAUUUCAUUUCAAACACUGUAUUUGGGACAACAAUUUUCUGCAGAAGGAUUCGGUUUGGUUUCAAUUAUAGUUAGUGGUCACUCUGGAAAGUCAUUGUGGAAAACUUAUGGAAAAAGACAAAUAGAUUGAA